GACUACCAAAAUACGUAUAUAAAUAUUUACAUUUCAAUAGCAUGUUUAUACUUCUAAACUGAAGAGCAUAAUUCCACAAAAUGAGUAGUGACAAGAAAAUAGUCAGUUUAAAGUUUAAUCAAGAUCAAAGUUGCUUCUCAUGUUGCAUGGAGAAUGGUAUUCGAAUUUAUAAUAUAGUUCCUCUGGUUGAAAAAACUCAUUAUGAUAUCGACAUGGUGGGAAGUGCUUCACAGUGUGAAAUGCUUUUUCGCACAAAUUUAUUAGCAAUUGUUGCUGGAGGUUCAAGACCCAAAUAUCCAGAUAAUGUUCUUCUAAUUUUUGAUGACCAUACUAAGAAGUUUAUAAUGGAAAUAACGUUUGCUUCUUCUAUUAGGGCAAUACGUUUGCGACGUGAUAAGUUGGUUGUGGCAUUGUUAAAUAAAAUACACGUUUUCUCCUUUCCUUCACCAACUCAAAGACUAUUUUCAUUGGAAACAAGGGAAAACAUGCGCGGGUUAUGCGAGGUUAGUGCAUUAGCAUCAGCUGAAAAACAAAUUUUGAUAUUUCCUGGACACAGAUUAGGCAGUGUGCAACUGGUGGAUUUGACCUGUACUGAAAUGAGUGUGUCAUCAGCUCCUGUUUGGAUCCCAGCCCAUAAAAGUGAAAUAGCCUGCUUGGCACUAAAUCAACAAGGGACUCGAAUUGCCACUGCGUCUAAUAAGGGUACAUUAAUUCGUGUCUGGGAUUCUACAACAAGGCAACAGUUGGUGGAACUAAGAAGAGGCUCUGAUAAUGCUUAUUUAAACUGCAUCAACUUUAGCAGAGAUUCUGAUUAUUUGUGUUGUUCAAGUGACAAGGGAACAGUCCACAUUUUUGCAAUUAAAAAUACGACACUAAACAAAAGACUGGCCAUAUCAAGUGUCGCAAUAUUGGGAAAAUAUGGAGAAUCCCAAUGGGCUUUAGCAAAAUUUACUGUUCCCCCAGAAGGUCCAUGCAUUUGUGCCUUUGGGGGCAAUAGUUCAGUGAUAGCAAUUUGUAUGGAUGGUACAUUCCAUAAAUAUGUUUUUAACGCUGACGGCAGUUGCAAUCGAGAAGAAUAUGAUGAAUUUUUGUAUGUUGGUGAUGAUGAUGAAAUGUAAAUAUAAAACGACUUAUAAAGAAUUUUGUAAACAAUUUGUAUAUAUAUUUUAAUAAUUGAUAUAAAUUGUAUUUAAGUUUAAAAAUAAUUUAAUUUAGAAUUUAAUUAUUAUGUAUUCUUUAUCAUCAAUUUGAUCUGGGAACACAUUGUUCAAUAAACGAUCAUUUUAAGUA